AUGAAGUCUAAUUGGAAUAAGAAAUCCAAAUUCGACAAUAUAAAGCAUGGAUAUCGCAAAUGUCAGGCAUACGUGAAAAAACAUCUGGACUGGUUUAAUGUUUAUUGUGACAAUACUAAUCUGCACGGUUUUCGUUACAUAAGUAUGGACGGAUUGUCGAUAAUCGAGAGUAUGCUUUGGUUUCUGAUUUGUAUGUUGGCCAUCGUGUUCGGUAUUAUAUUGAUGUUACGCUUGUGGGCCAAUUACUCGAACAAUCCCAUAGUUACGACUAUUUACACGUCAAAUCCGAUAUGGAACGUGUCUUUUCCAGCCGUUACUAUAUGUAAUAAUAAUAAGGUCUACCGCCCACACGCCGACCUUAUUGCCAAGAAUUUAUACAUGGAUGGGUUCACCACGAAUGACAGCGAUAAAUUUUUUUCAUCCCUAAUGAAAUUAAUACGACCCAACGUAAUAUCUAUAGACAAUACGACCGCGAGACAGGUCCUCGAUAAACUCGACAUAACGGUCGAAGCGCUCAUGGAGCAGUUGAUGCAGCCUUGCAGCGCGUUGCUAUUGAGAUGCGCUUGGAUUGGCAAGAUUCACGAUUGCAGCAAGAUCUUCAAGACCAUCAAGUCCAAAGAGGGUUUCUGUUGCGCUUUCAAUUCCCAUUAUAAGCUAAACGUUGGACACAUGUCCAAAGUCAAGUUCUUUAAUUCUACCGACUUCAAUAAUACUUCUGAAGAUGAUUUACCGGGUGUGCACACAAUAGUGAAAGCGCCUGGAAGCGGCCGCGAUGUGGGACUCGCGGUCGCUUUAAAUAUCGAGCCUAACAUGUACAAAGCUACUUCGCGCCCUUUCGUAGGAGCUUCCAUCAUAAUACACGACCCAAUUGAUUUUCCCGACAUUGGUACACACAUUGCAGCCGUGCCAGUCGGUCACGUCAUGGCGAUAUCCAUUACCGGGACGUCUAUCCGAGGCAUGGAAAGCUUGAGGACCAUCCCUCUGGAGAAACGUUUGUGCUACUUCGACGACGAGGUGUCAGGCGAGAUUCACUACAGUCAUCAAUCGUGCAUAUCGAAUUGUAUAGCUAAACACAUAUAUCAUAUGUGCGGUUGCCUGCCAUUUUACUAUCCGGAGACGCCAUCCUUUGGCGGUAUCUUCGGUCUCUGUCUCGGUGGUUCCAUGUUGAGCGUAACCGAGCUGAUUUAUCUUUUGGCCAGGCAGCUCUUUACAAAACAGAAAAAAAUGCUCAAAUGGCAGAAACAAUCACGUAUGACGUUUCCGCCGGCGUCAGAAGUGUUUCUAUCGAUUCCCACUAAAGAGAAAGUUCAACUACGAAACCUGCGAAACCGUCAGGAAUCGAAUGAUAAGCGCACUUUCAGGUAUUAA